GAUUCUGCUCGGUUAAGUUGAGCUAAGCUCAGUUAAAAACGACGCCAUGUGAACUUGAAAACGUAUAAUUGUGCAGUAGAUACAAAGUAUGUUCAAUUCUAAAAACCGGAUGACGGGAAAAAAGUACUCCAAUACAAUGAAAGCGAAUUAAUUCUUCAAGUACUCGUGUUACAUUCAAGAAAAAUCAAUCGGUGCUAAGUAAUAGCAACAAGCAGCAAGCAGAAAGAAUUAUUUCCAACGGCAAUUAAAGCUUGCAAGGUGAAGCAGGGCGGUGGCAUAAACAGUUAACGAGCGUGCUUUGGAUAUCAAAUCAUCCGCGAAAAUUUAUGCUAAAAAUGUAAUAAGUAGUGAGUGAAAAUUUCACGUAGACUCUAUCUAAUCGCCUAACCAUGAAAAGGAGAAAAAUACUUAAUGCAUAAAAAUAAAAACAAAGAAAACUAAAUAAGAAAUUGGAAUGUUCGUAAUUUGUGAGAGAGUACAUUAAUGUUUUACAAAUGAUCGAAUGGUGGUGAUUCUACUACUAUCGCCGCCGCCACCAACACCACAACCAUCAUACACAACAACAACAACCAAUGGCUGUGAUGGAGGAUCGAACGAUAGCAGCACUGUAUCGACCACAUCGACCGGCGAUACCGUCAUACCCACCAUCUAUACCGUCAAUAAAGCAAUACCACUGCCAAACGAAGCAACAUAUCAACACUAUCAACCACCCCAACCACCGGCACCAACGGCAAUUGCAUUUCAACAGCACCAUCAACGCCAGCAGCAUCUCCACAAUUCUACCGAAUACGAUCAGCAACGUCAACAUCGCCAUCGAGCGCAAUCGCUGCAUGAAAAAGCCCAAGCACAAGCCAAACCCUACAAAACAACAGCACAACAUUCUAGUCAUUUGUGUAGUGAGAAAAGAAGAAACACCAGCGAACGCGACAGACAUCCGAACGUUACGAGCGCACAUUAUGCGAAACGUGCAUACACCAGAGAGGGCGGGCGCGGUUACGAAGAGCGCACAAGAAAAAUGUCUGGUCAACAAUAUCUGCCCAGAAUUAUUGUCUCACCGCCACCGCCACCAUCACCACCAGCUUCUCCACCCCCAGGGAAAGCUCACAAAAGAGCAAUCGGUGCACAGCUCGAACCUGAAGCAACAGGCUCAACAAUACCUCCAUUACCCCCUCCCUUGCCGAAGAGUCAACCACCCUACAGUUCCUAUUAUAGACGUUGGUGUGGCGCAGAGCAUGCUCGUCAACACCCUCACCACUUGUGCACGAAUCCGCUGCCAAAGCCGCCUAGAAGUGGCGCAACCCAUACACCUGCUGCCGCAUCGAGCACACCGCUCACCGGUGCGACACGCAGAAGAUCGGACGCACGCGUGGAUGCGUCCAAAGCAUCAAAAGCGUCUAAGGCACGUUGGUCUGUUCCUCCAUCACAACAAUCUGGCCCCUCCAGUUAUCAAUGGUGUCAGCACAUUACACCAACCCACUCGCUUUCUUCUUUUCCGCAUGCUGCUUAUUCUACUCCUCCAAUGCAACAACAAUCGCCACCAGCCAAUACGAAUUACAACUAUAACACUAAUACUAAUACCACUGAUUUUGUUCGCCACGUGACACGUGUUAAUUUCUAUGAUGUCGUUACUUCGCAGGUCGAAUUUGAGCCCAAAGAUGAUAGUGAUGAAUGCGAUACGGAAGCUAUUACCAAAGAAGAAGAAUGGAUAACAAAAAGAAAAACUGAACUUACAACAACACGCCAAAUCGAAACGCGCGUAAAGCGGCAAUUGGUGCUGGAGGAUGGCAAGGUUGUGGAGGACUCAGGACCAAUUGUCUCCACGAAUACCACGGAAGAUACUGAUAAGCAGGAAACUGAAACAACGGAGAAACAUGAUUUAGGUAUACCCUUAGAUGGUGUAGUGACGGAGGUCAAUGUUGGUGCAUUAGAAGCGCCUGACACCGUUGAUGGCCAAGUCGCUGUGCUGCCCGCUGAGCAAGCCAAGGUUGUUAAGAAAAUGGUGCCGCGUCCAGCAGAUGGACUUGUGUGCGAAACGAACGAAAAGCGUGUGAUCUCACAUGAGGAAAUCAAGGAUUAUCUAGAAACGGAGGAUGUACGAAAUUUGGGAGAUUUCUCGGACGAGACUUAUGUGAAGGCAGUCGAUAGCGGCGUUGAGAAUCUACAAGAAGUUCUUCGUGCAGCGGAAAAUCAAAAGCAACUUGUACCAUUAGGUCCACGAAUUAUCGCCAAUAAAACAAAGUCUUUUAAAACUAUCGAUUCAGAAGACGUCGAGAAACGUUGCCUACUACAAACGGAUGGUAAACUCGUUACAGAGAGCAAGAAAACAACUGAACACGAAGUUAUUGUAGACCGCGAGCUGCCCGAAGAGGACGACCAUUCGACAGGUAGUCGUGAGAAAAUCGAAACAGUGGAAGCUUCACAACGCUUCUACAAACAACGUGACGAGCAAUACGUCGAUCAGGUUGUUGAUGGCAAAGUUGUUAACUCCGAAAUGAGAUACGCUGCUGAGACAAUGCAAAUCGAAAAAGAUGGCUCACUGGAACGACCUGGCGAUUGGGAUAGUUUAUCGGAUCGUAUGCGAAAGUUGCGACGUCCGCAUCAGAAGAGUGCAUUGCAGCCGCAUAAGGAAGCCACGCUACUGGCCGAUCGCAAAGAUGCACUGACCAAGCGGCCACUGGAUUUUGAUCGUGAGGAGGAAACACGCAAAGGUGAAACUAUUAAGUGGCUGGAAUCGCAUUUCGGUAGUGAAUCGACUGCUUCCAAUGAUUCACGCGAAGAUGAUGCAGUCGUCGGUGGCGGGGACAUAGAACCGACUAAAAAAACAUUCUUUAAUGUUACCAUCAAAUCAAAUCAAACACAGACUCCGACGCCACUGACCAAUGGACAUAGAGUGAUAGCAAACAAUACAUAUGAGCGGAAGAAGCUGAAGGAGCAUGUGGUCGAGGCAAACCCGAGUGGAUCAAGUGGCCGUUGCAAAUACUAUCAAGGCAUUUCAAACUGGACUGAACGCAAAGAGCCGCUUGUUAAUCACUUUUCUUCAAAAGCAUUCCGUGACGAUCUGCAGGAGACCGUCGAGCGCAAUCGUCUACGACGCAGUGAGGUUCAUAAUGGGCGCGAUAAACAGCAGGAGAAUCAUUAUUUAGUGGACUCGAGUGAUAACUACGUUAGCCGCGAGGAUAUUUUACAUCAGAAACAACGUCAAAGUUUAUCUUCACAGUUUCUAGCGAAGACUAGCCGUAAUUCCCGCGACAGAAUUGAUGAAUUGGACGCACCGGCGAAGGGUGUUAGCAAGAUGAGCAGGGAGAGUGGUGUACGUUAUAUAAGCGGUUCACGUGGUGAUCUCCGGUAUGGUGGGAUGAAUGGUGUCGAAUUGGAUAACAGUAAGCGGUUAUUUAUGCCUGUAAAACAGCAAAGUCAGGAACGCGACUUGGAACUGCGGCAUUCAUCAGGAGAUUUUGGCCCAAACACAGCAAAGAAAUAUGAAUUGGGCGAGGUGCGUAGCCGCAGUUACGAACGUACAUUGGAGGAUACAACUCGCGCGGACUAUGAAUUACAUAAUACUAAUUCACUGAAACCUAUCGCUUCUGGACCACGUGCUAUAUCGCCCGCUCGCGAACACUUUCAAACUAGCACACUUGGUCGACCGACAGUGCCACAGCGCCGACGCGCUAUCGAGAAAAAACUGCGGCAGCAGCAUAGUGCCUCACCGCCACCGCCACAGAAAGUGCCAUUGGAGCGUCAACAUGCGCAUAGCCAACGAAAUCUUCUGGAACCUCCACCAGACUACUCACCACCUCCACGAAGUCGCUCCUCCUCGCCGCAAGUAGAAUACGUCAAUGGUGUGCGAAGCCAUCGCAACUAUCGCAAUAAUAUCGUUGAUAACACAACCGUCAACUAUGGGCCCCCUAACCAAAUAGUUGGUCAGAGUAGCACCCUUACACGAAAGCAAAAUCAGCGCACACGAUUCGCGCCAACAACACCACAUGAACAACCACACUCACAGUCUUAUAUGCGUCCUGUCAUGGCGACACAAACUACACAAACAACAGCUUCAACAAUUUCCAACUCCACCGUCACCUCACACAAGUCAAGCAAAAUGGGUCAAGUGAUAGGAAAUUCCCUUCGCAAACUUGUCAAUAAGAUACGUUCUGCAAGUGCGGAACGCAAGAUACGUAUGAAAUCGCGCAGUAAAUCACGUGAACAGUCCCCAUCACCACAAGCCAUUGACAAGGUUGGUCAUCAAACCACCUAUCAACAAUAUAAUCUCAUAGACAGUCACAUUGGUGGUCAGGGGGGCAGUAAUGAGUCAGAGUUGGAGAGCAUGCCGCAGGAAAUGACGCAGACGCAUAAAAACUAUAUGCACGUGGCGACACUAGAGCGCAAUGGGCAGCCACCAACACAAUUCAAACGUGCCAAUUCAGCGGAUCCUUACGCUAAUGAGCGAGAAGCAGGCGAACGUGGUCCGAGUCCUAGACAACGUUAUUACUUGGGUGAGGAUCCAUACUCGAGCACAUUGUAUGGCAAGGAAAAUAUGUAUGGGCCAGGUUCUGUAGGGAAGCGUAAAACUUUAGCUGCGCGAGAUAGCAUCGAUGCAGGGUACGCGGCAAGGCAGGAGCGGAACACUCGCGAGUCGAGUGCGAACCGACGUGAUGAUGGGGAGUUUUACAAGCAGAGAAAUGUUUCGACCAGCACAUUGGGACGUUAUCCACGUGCAAGUCAAAACUUUGCUGCAUCAACACCCAAUUUAAAUCAGGAUUAUCGCACUACCCAAACUCUGCCACGCAAACUGCAGGAUCAUCAACAACAACCGCAUCAACCACAGCAUCCACAGCCAACGCAUACCACAACCACGCAAGCGUCCACCUAUCAGAGACCUGGACAGCGUGCAGUACCCAGCGGCUAUAGUACUUUGGGGCAUCCUGAACAACGCACACAAUACCAUCAUCACCAGCAGCAACAACAACUACAAAGUAUGCAGCAACAAACAACAACCACAACCGCAGUUGGCCCAGCAAAACCAGCACGCACCUACGCCAAAGCGCUCAAUCGGAGCAAAAGCUUCAAUGUGCAUGCUAUGAAUGGCAGUCACGAUCCGAGUCCCAUUUACAUUGAAAAGCUCACAAAGAAUAAUUACACCAACAACCAUAACAGUCACAAUACAAGCAAUCUGUAUGCCAGCCAAGCCUACAAGUCGAAUCCACAUCUCUAUAGCGGUCCAUCAAAAGAAAAUUCACUGCAGAGUGGACUGAAAAGCCCUUCCAUUGUGAAUUUGAUUAGUCGCAGUCAAAAGGAUUUAACAAAAAUCGAUAGCUUGGAUAACGAGCAAGGCGACACGCUUGAUAAGAAGCAAACGUUUAUGCGUGGUUUGCAUCAGCAAGCACCAGAGCUGUACAAGUCGUUGCACGGCGAUGAGAGUUACCAUCAGAUCACGUCACCAAAUAAAUACCAUCAGCUGCGCCACUCCACAUCGCUGGAGACACGUUCCCCCAUUGAGAUUAACAAGGACACGGCGAGCAUAGUGCGUAGAGAUAGCUCAAGUAAUGAUGGAUAUGUGGUGAAUGCGUAUAGCAAUAAGACAACGAUGGAGAGUGCGACAGCCAAUAGGCGCAUUCUCUAUAAAGACGACCAAAGACGUCGUACACCAGGUGGUGCCACAAUAAUUUCCGUGCGUAACGCUGAAGUUGAGAAAUGAGUGAAUGUGAAAGUCAAAAUGCAAAGUCAGCUCGACAAUUUGUAUACAAAUAUAUGUAGGAAAACGUACUCGUACUGAGAAAAUCAAGAUCCAGCACACUUGUUAGAAAAUCACAUAUCAAAAAGGCUUAACUUUCAUUUGACGGGUUGCAAAUAAAAAUUGGAAGCCUAAGAGGAAUUAUCUGCACUAUAAAAGAAGAACUAUGCACCUACUCUUACACCCAGCAAUAGCAAUCAAGAGCACUAAUCGAAUAUAGUUAAGAUGCACUGUAAAGCCAACCAACAGCACUGUAUUGUAUAUUGUUUGUAAUAGUUCGCCGCAUUUGUGGCGCUCCAUUCGAAGUGUAUUUCAGAGUUUGGUAAUAGCUUUAGUAAUAAGUAAACAGUAACAGUAAAAAGUAAAGUAAAACUUAGGAGAACACUACAAAAUGAAUAAAAUAUAAAUAUUUCAUUAUUUUAUAUGACAUGAAUGAAAACUAAAAUUGUUAAAAAGUAAAAAUAGUAAUUCUUGAAAAAAAAA